GGCCUUUUGGAAUUUGCUCUGCGAGUUGAGCAUGUUGCAAGCCUUUCUACCGCAGAGGAUGUUGCACCAUUACAAUCCACCCAGCAGCUUCUUUAGCGCCCUGGCCUUGUGUUGGCUUCUGGAAGAGGCCUUGUAUAAACUGGGCAACAUUUGCUGGCAAUGAAGGGAGGGCCACCAAGCUGAUGAUUCCAGUGACAGAGAGGUCACACACCUCAUUCUCGACUUGUGGUAAAUGGGCCCGGCGCUUCACUUGCGCUGCGCUGUUGCUCUGGAUCAUCUUGUGGCCUUACGGGGCACCUGGGAAGUUGAUCGAACGCCAGGACAACGUCUUAGCGCUCUCAUUUAUUCACUGUUACUUCAGUGGAGUCUUGUUGGCACAUGGUCUUCACGAAAAAGCACCAGUCGGAAAGGGUCGAUCCGCGAUCAGCGCCAGUGGCGCCAGCCUGAUCUUGGCCACCGUCUUCCUGGGCUUCAGUGAUCCUGCUACUGCCACCAGCUGGGCCUGUUUCUUGUUGCUGCCGGCGCAAUGUUUGUUGGUUUACGGCCUGGGACGUGGCGAAGAUCCCCUGGCGAAGGUCUUUGGCGCGUGGCCCUUGCCGCUCUUUUCGGAACUGGCUUUAGGGAUCUACAUUUUUCAAUCCCCGGCCAAGCAGAUGCUGGACGUCUUGUUGGGUUGGCAAGGGGACUACAGCUUGAACCAGAUGGCGGUGCUCCUUUUGGUCCUGUCGCUUUUGGCCGCCUUGGCCCAGUUGAUGCAGAAGCCACUGGCGCGCUUCAUCACCAAUUGAGGUCGGGAGAUGUC